CCCCAAAGAUUCACGUCGAUCGACAAUAUCCAAACCUACUCACAACAACUGAAAAUGGGCAACCGGAUGGUUGCGGCAAGAGCUGACUCUCCCUUCUAUUUGUCUGCGGAUCGUUUUCUCGUGCCACCAACGAUGAGAGCCUCGCAGGCUGAAAAAGUCGAGGAAGCCUGGUAAAAAGCGUGUACUGGCCUGGCCGCCUGUGAGAUUCCCCUAGGUCAGCGGCGAUACAAAAUGGCUGCCGUCGCUUCCGUGUAGAAGCCCAUUAUGGUUGUUUGUCAGUUUUUUUUGAAAGGUAACUGUCGGUUUGGAGAUAGGUGCCGCGAUGAGCAUCCCACGGCUAAGAAGAAAACAGUCUGCCAACAUUUUUUGAAAGGAUACUGUCGAUUUGGUGAUAAAUGCUGGAAUGAACAUCCUAGCGGUGGAGGAGGUGGUGGUGGUUUUGGUCAGCAGCAGCGGUCAGCAUUUGGUAGGAGUGGGCAGUGGAACAGGUCAACCUAUCAUAACAGUCAGAAUCGUUUUGAAGCUUUAUCCACUGGUUCUAGGGACAAAUUUGGUGGUCUACAUUCAAAUGCUUCAGACAGUGAGCAGACAGUAUCUCAAAUCAAAAAAACAAUAGAAAAUGACAUGGAAAUUUGGGGAAACUCUAGCCAGUGGCCAUUGUCAUGUUACGCGUACACAAAGGAAGAACCCUGUUUGCAAGGUUUGCUGGAUUUCUCAGCUGAAGAAAUCCGUCUUGAGGCAUACAAAGCCAAUGCUGAAGGAAAGGGGGAUACUUAUCAACAAGGACUAAAAGAUCUUAUAAGUGUGAAUCAGCAAAGAAGACUUCAGUUGAGCCAGAUGUCAGUCGCCCAGAUUCAACAAGAGAUCAAGCAACAGACCAAACUCCCGAGCUCAGAAGCCAUGGAAUCAGGAACAUCCAUUUUUCAACAGACAAACACGGGAGGUGGAAUGUUUGGUAGCGGUGGGUCCUUUGGCCAGUCAAAAGGGGGAUUGGGAGGAAGCUUUGGAGGUGGGAGUCCUCUUCUCCAGUCUAGUGGAUUUUCAACUGUUUCAGACAGUUCAAGCCUAUCAGGUCUGUUUGGAACAGGAAGUACUAACAACCAGUCAGGUGUGUUUGGACAGAGCAGUGUUUCAGGCGUUACAGGAAGUGUCUUUGGCAACAAUGCCAACUCAACCAAGCAUACAACGGGAAUGACUGGAAUUACGAGUACUUUCACUGCAACUAACCAAUCAGGAGGCUUGUUUGGUACAAGCUCUGGCCAAUCAGCUAGUUUGUUUGGUGUAAAAACUGCAUUAAAACCUGGACUAUUUGGUUCAUCCUCACCAACAACAUCAAGUGGGCUUUUUAGCAGUGGAACUCAAGUACAGAAAGAUAGUACCAUCAUCUCUACAAGUCAAUCAUCGAACAAUACCAUGGGAUCCACAUCCCUACAGUCAGAAACACCUUCCACAAGAACCACAACAGCAACCACAAUAACCACAGCAGCACCUGUGACAUUAAGUUGCAGUGACGAAGAUAUGCAGGCCUUUAGGGCAGACAGUUUUGUGCUGGGAAAAAUACCAGAGUGCCCUCCUCCGUUAGAAUUGUGUUGAUAAACUUAGUUUGGCUGUGAGUUAGGUACUACAAGUAAAUGACAGUGAGAAGUGCAGUGUGCAAGCACAGGUUUGCUGAUGGCGUACACUUCCUGUUGCAGUCAAGGGAACAGUCAAGUAUUACUUUAACCUUUCCUGAACAAUUUUCAUUAGAUUGGCACACUCAUAAAGUUUUCAUUUGAAAAACACUGCACAACCAACAUCAGACAGCCAAAAAUGAUUAAUUUGAGCAAAAAUGCCCAAGAUGUUUAAUUUUAUAAUAAGUCACAUAAUAUACAUAAUGGAGUUCAUAUUAAUUUAACUUUAUUAUAUUAUUAUGUAGAAUGAAGUUAGAUAGUACAGUGGAAUCCCAUAAUACGACCACCUCUGGGCUAUAAAAUUGUGGUUCUAUCAAAUGUGUACUUGUAUUAAGAAAAUGGUCGAUUAAGCAUUUUUUUGGAAGUGGUAGUGAUAAUGAGCUGGUAAUAUUGGCAAGGUGGUUGUAAAGUGUAGUUCCAGCAUAGUGACUUUUAAAAUCAUUCUUUCUAGUCACAUUUCAUGACCCUCUGUUUCCUGUCAGACUGAUUUCUUAAUUUCAUUGCACAAGGUUAUUUAAAUUAUAUUAAUCCUAAGAUGAAACCCAACUUUUUGUAGCCUAAAUUUAAAAGUGUGACCUAGUGACUCUGUACUUUGUACCUUUAUAUCCAUGCAAAACAACCAUGAUCUUAUUAAUAGCUGGAUGAUAAUUCCUACAUUUCACAUACAUGUAACUUUCUGGUACACGUCAAAGACUCUGGCAUGCCAUAAUUAACUAGACUUGCUUCAAAUUCAAAAGAAGCAGCAGAUUCUAGAGUUAUUUGUCACCAGUUAGGAGUAGUAUUGUUUGGACAUGUAGUUAACACUGGUGAUUGACAACUUAGCGAGACUGGCCUAGCCAGACCCCUUUUAAAUACCUCUAGAACACUACCUUUGUACCUAAAAAUAAUUUCGAAGUUUAAAACUAUUUUAAAGUACCAGUGUUCUACAUGUAUACUGUAAAUAAUCAGGAUGACGAUUAUAAUGCAAUUAUCAAUAUUUUUUGAAAAAAUAUAGCUAUCUGAAGUACA